AUGACACUUCGCCGCUCAUCGCGCCGCUUUGGUUCUGUGACGAGUUUGAGAUCAUUGCCUGAAUCGAGACAGAUCUCCGAUAGCACUCCUUCAGUCGAGGAUGGGGCAAAUCCGGUAGUUCAAGACCAGCAAAAGCCAGAUAAACUACAACUCGGGCAUAUGGAAGAAAAACGACGACGACCAG